GCAAGAAGCCAAUAUAACAAAGUUGGCACACACAAGCUUCAUCACAAUUAAAAAAAAAAAAAACCUGUUCUAAAAUCCAACCCAACAUUUUUCCUCAGAUCCAAAUGGCCCCUACAAUUUCCAUGCACUCGUUCAAUUUCAUCGAGAAGGCACAUGAAGAAAGAGCCUAUGUGACGUUCUUGGCCGGUAAUGGAGACUAUGUGAAGGGUGUAGUGGGACUAGCAAAGGGUUUACGUAAGGUUAAAAGUGCUUACUCUCUUGUUGUUGCUAUCUUGCCUGAUGUUCCUGAGGAACAUAGAGAGAUCUUAAAGUCUCAAGGCUGUGUCGUGCGUGAGAUCGAGCCUCUUUAUCCUCCUGAUGACCAGGUCUCAUAUGCAAGGGACUAUUACGUUAUCAACUACUCGAAGCUUCGAAUUUGGAACUUUGAAGAGUACAAGAAAGUGGUUUUCUUGGACGCGGAUAUUCAGGUCUAUGACAAUAUAGACGAGCUCUUUGAUUUGCCAGAUGGUUACUUGCACGGCGUGUUAGGCUGUUUCUGUGAGAAAACAUGGAGCCACACGCCGCAGUACACAAUCGGAUAUUGUCAACAGUGCCCGGAAAAGGUGACGUGGCCCAUCGAGAUGGAAUCUCCUCCUCCUCCUCCGUACUACAACGCCGGAAUGUUUGUGUUUGAGCCUAACCUUACUACUUACGAGAGCCUCCUCCAAGCUCUCAAGGUCACACCACCUUCAGAAUUUGCAGAACAAGACUUUCUCAAUGUGUUCUUUGAGAAUGUUUUUAAACCGAUCCCAUUGGUUUACAACCUGAUUAUGUCUUUACUUUGGCGUCACCCGGAGAACGUGGAGCUGGACAAAGUCAAGGUUGUGCAUUAUUGUGCACCUGGAUCCAAGCCAUGGAAGUUCACAGGAGAAGAAGCUUACAUGGACAGAGAAGACGUCAAAAUGUUGGUUAAGAAAUGGUGGGAUAUCUACAAUGACGAAUCUCUCAAUUUCAAACCAUUAAGCUCUUGAAGAAAGAAGCCGUUUCUAAAUGAUUUGGCAUGAAAGAAAAAAAAAAACAGAUGAAGCCAAAUUUUGUUGUGUUUGAUUUAUAUGCUUUGGGUUGUAUUUUUGUUUGUUUGAUUGUGUGGUUAGCAAUAAAUUCGUCAAAACUAUAUCAUACUUCUUUUGUUUUCUUUUAUAAGAUGUUUUAAAUUUUUUUUUUAAUCAUAAUUAGAUGAUGUUUUCAUAAAUCAAUGC